UUUUGCCUUUUUCUUUUUUUUUUUUUUACAAGCUGAAUCUGAUGCUCAGAAAGUGAGCUCUCUCCAACUGCCAAGAUGGUAAUAAACGUCUGUCUCCCACAGUUCAAGCCAAGAAUUCACUGCAACAAGAUUUCUGCUGAUGGUUACGAAGUGGAGAAUCUGAUCUCCGAAGACCUUGCCAAGAGAAAUCGUGGUUUCCGCAGCGAAUACUUUAUCAAACCUCCGGUCCACAUCACAAUCUCUUUUCCCUUCAACAUUGAGAUCUGCAGGAUCAAUAUCGACAUCUCAUCCGGGGGAUACCAGACCUUCUCCGGGCUCGAAGUUUACACCUCUACCUCGUGCAAUAAAACCUCUUGGCAGAGCCCUGAGGGUCAGUUCUCAGGUCUGGCUGGUCAACCUGUGUCGGACAAAGACACUUUCACACUGGUGGGCAAAGCUGUCUUAAAAAAUCAAAGCAAAGUGACGUUCGGCCACAGAGGCUUCAAGCCGAGGCCUCCCUUCCAUCAGAUGGAAAAUGUCUUCUCCUACCCUGGCUCUGCAUCUCAAGACCUCUGGAACAAAGGGCCUGCCUCGCUGAGCAACGUGUCGCACUUAAAAAUCUGCAUCACCCACGUGGCCGGAGGCAGCCUGCCUUGCAUUAAGAGGCUGGAGGUGUGGGGACAGCCUGCCAAAUCGUGCCCGCAGGAGGUGAUCGAGGGUGUCUUUCAGGUGGCCUCCCAGUUCUUCGCCCAGGACGUCGGCAGCCUCAAGCCAGAGCUCUGGACGCCGAUGGAGAGCGACUGCGUGCCCUUCAGCGCCAACGACAGCGAGCAGCAGACCCUCCGCAAGCUGGUGGACGUCGUCCAAGACAUCCCCGAAGAAUUCCUGGACCCCAUCACUCUGGAGAUCAUGACCUUCCCCAUGCUCCUGCCCUCCGGGAAGGUGAUCGACCAGACCACCUUGGAAAAAUGCAACCGGAGUGAGGCGUCUUGGGGCAGGGUACCCAGCGAUCCUUUCACUGGGGUGGCCUUCAGCCAGCACUCGCAGCCCUUACCUCACCCUACCCUCAAGGCCAGGAUAGACCACUUUCUCUUACAGCACAGCAUCCCUGGCACCAACCUGCUCGGGAGGGCUCAUGCCUCGGAAAUGCUCGUACCUUCUUCCGUAACAAUGUCUUCUCUGAAAAGGAAAAUGGACUGUAUGGAUCAGAGCUCCGUGCAGCCGCCCUAUUUUUCUUCUACAAACUUACUUGUCACGUCUACCUCAGAGAACAGUGCUAAAAAAAUGAAAACUGACAGUGACUCGCAUUUGAUCCAAAUGGACUGUUCGACAGAUCUGGUCUCUCACGAACAAAAACUGUCGGAGAGUUUGGACACUGCCUUGAACUCGGCGCUCAGCUCAAUGCCCUCGUUUACGGCCAAGCUGAUGAAAAGCCAGCAGCAGGCGCAGAGCGAGGGAGGCUGCAGCAGCUCGUGGAGCGCGGGCACCGUCCUCGAGCACGGCAGGAGCAGCCAGACCCAAGGAUGCGCUUCCUGCGGCAAAACCUUCUCCUCUUACUUCAAAACGGAGCCCGUUUACCAGCUUCCCUGCGGCCACCUCAUGUGUCGCCCGUGCUUGGCCGAGAAGCAGAAGUCUCCGUCAUCGAUACUGUGCGGGAGUUGUAAAAGGUCGGCUGCCACGCACGACGUCAGGAGGGUUCACUUCUGAGCCCUCGGCUGCCGGAGCCUGCCGGGAGGACGAGAACACGGAGCCGCUGCUGUUCCCUGUGUCUGUAUUGAUCCGUAGGAGGACGAAGGCCUUUGGAGAGCUUGGCGGAUGGGCGCCCGUGACGGUGGAGAGGACUUGGUCUUCUUGUGCUUACAGAGUAGUGGGGGGUGGGGGGGGUUAGAGCAUCGCGCCGGAGCAAAGCGAUCUGAGGAUAAUAAAAGCCAUAGCUUCUUUAACAAGGAAUAUGUAUUUAUACAGAACUGACUUCCACCUGUCGCACCCGCCCUCUUACCACCAUCCCAGUGGCUCAGUGGUUUAGCAUAGGUGCCUUUUGGACUGUGAGUUUAGCUUCCCUGUGAGUUAAAACCAUUUACGUAUUUGACGAGCAGCCAUUCGGUCGUGGACCAGGCGAAGUCCUUGUGGUUGACAACAUGCAAGCUACCUGACUUCUCCCCUUCCCCGCCUCACUCCCCUCCUCCCUGCGGUGCCCUCGCCGUGCUGCAGGAGCACGUCGUUCAUCCCGGAGUCCAGCAAGUCACGAAGAGAGGCCGCGGUUAAUGCGUGAGUAAGGGGCAGCGAUCUCAUCCUGCUCGUACGAACUCUCGUAGAAAAGCCAUUGCGUUACACCGAACGUCACUCUCGGUUUAUGUCGUGUGACUGGACCAGCUCCCGUCUGGCUGAUAGACAUUUAAGCCUUAAUAAAAUUAUGUUUAAAG